GGUAUAGACGCUGAAAGUCGGCGACCUUCAAGUUCUCGAAAUGGUCAUGCUCAACUCAAUGAUCGACCACCUGCAAGUUUUCUGACCACAAACUUUACACCAAUCAGCAAACCCGCGUAGAGUAAUACUCUCCAUUCGAUUUCAAGCCACUCGCUCUGUGCAUGCCAUAUUACGCGCUCGAUGUCUGAACUUUCCUUCGCAGAGUUCUCGCAAUCAUUUUCUCCACCAACCCUCGUACCGACUCUGAAUGCGCUCCUCGCCGGUCUAUCCCUCCCAUUCGUGCUCGCUUCCCCGACGGAUCUAGCGCCUUCUUUACUCCUCGCAAUCCUAGAAUCUAUACUCGAAUCCCGCCUCCCUAUCCCAACUUCAAUACGCGCCUCUCGCUCAUCCCUCGCCAAAGUAGAAGCGAUGAAAGUUUUUCUCGGCGUACUCGAAUGCGACGUCGUCCCAGCAGACGAGGACAUCGGUCUCGCAGACCUUGAUCCACGCAGACUGGCGGAUGGAUGUUGGGAGGAGACAGUUUUUGUCGGUGAGCUGCUUUGCUGGCUUGGGAGGAAACGAGGCAUCGUCGAGGCAUUCGUCGGUGAUGAUAGCGAGGGCGAGGUAGAUCUUACAUCGUCGGCGCUGUUCCGUCCAGAACCUUCCUACAACGUAGAACUGUCGCAUAUCACAGACGUCCCGCGACAUCCACGCGUUACUUCCCCUUCUACGCGGUCUACUGCUACUAUGAGCGCGCAGACCGAUCUAUCUAUGCAUAAUGCCCCACAUAUGGAGUCUGACACGAGCAUGGCAGAGUCUGAAUUCUCAGAUCGGACAGAGACGCAGGCGCUGGACGAUCGUGGUGUGUAUCACCAACCACAAUGUAUUCACGAGCUCGAGGACCCAUCAUAUUUCCUCGAGCGGGGUGGUUCUUAUGCAUCUAAUGUCGAUGAAUCGAUGGAAGUAUCAGAUGCAGAUUACUCUAUGCAAUCGACGUCGUCAGGAGAACAGCCCCCAACUCCCACGCCUCAGCCCAUCCGUCUGAAAGGGUGGAUCAGUGCUGUCGAUUCUGAACUUGAGAUGAAAGCUUUCGCAGCGAACAAGUGUAAUACAAGCACGCCUGUCAAGCCCAAAAGUUGUUGGCGGCGGAGUUCUGGUCUUAAUACCGUGGCAAGCGGGAAUUCUACCCCCCGCACGUCGAUGCGCAUUCCUGGUAGUGCACCUUCGGCACGAACCCGGGUGGACAAUUUCUCGGACGUUGGGAUAUCGUCCUUCCGCUUGGGGGGGCCGUCGUCAUCGACACAUAUACGGAAUAUAGAUUAUUGUUCUCCCACAGAACGGACAGUUGCACUUCUGAACGAGCGAGCGAAACUCCUCAGCGAGCUCGCUAAUCUACGUAGGAUUAGAAAAGCGAGUCGAUGACGGGCCGGGCAACGAAAUGUCUAGUGUAUGGAUUCCCUUUACGAUUUCUUAUUGGUUUAUCGCUCCAUAAUUAUUUAUGUAAUUACUUUGUUUAUUCAUGUCGAAUUCAGGGGAUUACAGGCUUACAGCAUAUACAAUUCCUGAAUGAGAAA